AUGAGUGAACUGGAUCAGCUACGCCAAGAGGCUGAACAGCUCAAGAACCAGAUCCGAGAUGCCAGGAAAGCGUGUGCUGAUGCUACCCUGUCUCAGAUUACAGCGAACAUCGACCCCGUUGGGCGAAUUCAGAUGCGCACUCGGCGAACACUGAGGGGGCAUCUGGCUAAAAUCUAUGCCAUGCACUGGGGCACUGACUCGAGUGUGUCAAAGCUUUUGGUUAGCGCCUCCCAGGAUGGAAAACUCAUUAUUUGGGACAGCUACACCACAAACAAGGUCCAUGCCAUACCGCUGCGCUCCUCUUGGGUGAUGACGUGCGCGUAUGCCCCUUCUGGUAACUAUGUCGCCUGCGGGGGAUUGGACAACAUCUGCUCUAUCUACAACCUGAAGACCCGCGAGGGAAAUGUGCGUGUUAGCCGUGAGCUGGCCGGACACACAGGCUACCUGUCCUGCUGUCGUUUCCUGGAUGACAACCAGAUUGUCACCAGCUCUGGAGACACCACCUGUGCUCUGUGGGACAUUGAGACCGGACAGCAGACAACUACAUUUGCUGGCCACACUGGGGAUGUUAUGAGUCUUUCCCUGGCACCCGACACCAGGCUGUUUGUAUCCGGGGCUUGCGAUGCCUCGGCCAAACUCUGGGACAUCAGAGAAGGAAUGUGCCGGCAGACCUUCACUGGCCACGAGUCUGACAUCAAUGCCAUUUGUUUCUUCCCCAACGGCAAUGCCUUUGCCACGGGCUCAGACGAUGCCACCUGCCGGCUGUUCGAUCUGCGCGCCGACCAGGAGCUGAUGGUGUACUCGCAUGACAAUAUCAUCUGUGGUAUCACCUCUGUGGCAUUCUCCAAGAGUGGCCGCCUGCUGCUGGCCGGCUACGAUGACUUCAAUUGCAACGUCUGGGACACUUUGAAGGCCGAUCGCGCAGGCGUCCUGGCCGGUCACGAUAACCGGGUAAGCUGCUUGGGUGUGACUGACGACGGCAUGGCGGUCGCAACAGGGUCCUGGGAUAGCUUCCUCAAGAUCUGGAACUAA